AUUUAAUUUUAUUCUGUCAAAACAUUUAUUAACCAUUUUGUUGUUAAAAUUAAAAUAAAAAUCGUUUUUUCUUUGAGGCAAAAUGAGUUUAAGACUAAGAUUGGAAAAUGAGCGCAUGCUCCAAGUUAAAGAAGAAGAGGUAAUCGAAGAUAAAUUAAAAAUUCUAAAAGAGCGCAUGUACGCGCCUGUUAUAUGGAGAGAAUUAGAGGAUGAUAUAAAAAUAAUUGAUUUAAAAGAGGAGCGUUACGCGGAAGUUCUCGAAAUGAUCGAAGAAUAUUUUUUACCAGAAGACGUUUUAACGAAAAACUCAGAAAUGAGCGAUGACGAAGUUAGUAAGAAAUCGUUUAUGGAUCAGUGUAUGUUUCAAAUGAGAGAUACUACAUCAUUGGUUGCAAUUAAUUAUGCAUUGGAUCCUCCUGAUCUUGUUGGAUGUUGUCUAAAUAGAGUUGUUCAUAAAGACGAUUUUGGCCGAGUUUUUAGCGGCACCAUAAUGAAAGACGGCGAGGCGCAAGAAAAAUGUAUGAAAAUUAGGAGAACUUUAAGCCGAAAAGUAAACAUUUUCGAAUCGUUUAAUUGCGACGUUUAUUUGAAAAUAUACACCGUUUGUAUCAAACCUGAAUAUCGGCAUUGCGAUUAUGGGACGGAUUUCUUAAAAUGCACUUUUAAUUCGGCCAGAUCUCUCCAUAUUCCCGUCGUAAUGGGGAUAUUUACAGCGCACACCAUUCAAAGGCGGGCUAAAAAAUUAGGGAUGAAAGUUAUGUUCGAAAUCGAAUAUUGUAAGUGGACCAACAAAGAAACGGGGCUGUUAAUUUUUGACGACCCAGGUGCUGGGAAUUAUACAAUAGCUUGUAUGGCAGGAAACGUCCCCGAUGAACCUUUUAAAGACAAACCUCAUAAAAACGUUGAAGAGGAAGUCGUAGAAGAAAAACCACCGGUAUUAACGAGAGCUGAUAGACGUGAGAUGGUCGCAAAAAGAAAUAGGCGAUUAGCACGUUUAAAUCAACAAAGUUAGAAAAACGAAAGUUUGGUUGCCUAUACUACAAAUUAAUUUUAUUUUAACGUCGUCGUUUCAAAGUAACCUUGCUUUCACCGUGCACAAAAUGCAAUUAUAUCACUAAAAAAGGUUAAUUUAAAACGAUUAUUUACGGCCUUAGAAAAGUUAUAGGAAGAAACCUUCGGUUAACAAUUAAAUAAAAUUGCAAGAUGCAAAGAAUAAAUUUUUUCUAUGCGUUUAAAUAAAAAUUAUGUUCAAAAUGAUUUAGUGGUAAUAAAUCGAUUUAAACGUCUUUAUGGCGGAUAUUAACGUUCAAGGAUUAGGUUCUUGGUGUUUUAGGGUGGUUAAUAAUUACUUUUUGGGGUGUUGAAGGGGAGUGAAAUUUACAUUUUAUUGGUGUGUGUAGUUAAAGUCUUCAUUAAGCAGUAAAUAAGAUAAAAUGAAAUAAAAUGUUUUAUCUAUUUAAAUAUUAUAUAAAUAUUCAUUAAUUGAACUAAAACUAGAAUUAAAUUAGCCUAACACUAACUUUCUAAAGAAGGUUGCAACAUGGCAUCCGAAACGUUAAAUAUUUUUUCAA